CCCCCGUCUUAAAGGGGCCGCGCACGGCAAGGGCGGAGCGCAGGUGUGCGCGCACAGGUGGACGCGCGAACACCUGAGCACAGGCUGCUCCGUAUUCCCUGGAACAUGGACUACGCCAAGUCCCUGAGCCAGCGCCUGGCUGCCCCCGUGUCCAAAUGUGUCUCGGCCAGCGCCUCCAUGACCCAGCAGCUGCUGGCGGGUCCAGCCCCGCCGCCCCGGCCCUACCGCGUGUGCAACUGGGACCGCAGCCUGCGCAAGGGCGUCAUGGCCCCGAGCCUCGCCGAGCUGCUGAGCCAGGCCCAGAGCGCCCUGGCCCUGCCCGCGCCCAUCGCGCUGGUGCUGGAUGAGGACGGCACGGCCGUGGAGACUGAGUCCUUCUUCCGGACCCUGGAGGAGGGCACGGCCCUGAUGGCCCUGAGCAAGGGGCAGACCUGGACUGCCCCCAAGACACGUGGCUACCAGAUGAGCCUGUCCCGCAAGCCCCCGCGCAGGAUCGACGUCGCCUGCGUCACCUUCGACCUGUACAAGACCCACCCGAAGGACCUGGGCUGCCUCAACGUCAAAGCCACCCUGUAUGGCACCUACAGCAUGUCCUACGACCUGCGCUGCUACGGGGCCCGGCGCCUGGUGAAGGAAGCCCUGCGCUGGGCGCUGUUCACCAUGCAGGCCACGGGCCACGUCCUGCUGGGCACCUCGUGCUACAUGCAGCAGCUCCUGGAUGCCACCGAGGAGGAGCAGAAGGAAGAGGAGAAGAGCCCGCUGCCCCUUCAGAACCUCCUGCCCUGCAGCCUCCCUGCCCUGCCCUACAAGAAGAUGUCACAGUGAGGCUGGCUGGCCUGGCCUGUCCUCUCUGCUGUCCCCCCAACCCUCGGGGGUCCAGCACCCCGCUAGGUCAAUGCCUGGGCAGAGGCUGCCACGGUGCCUGGCACAGCCUGUCCUUGCACUCCGCCAGCUGAGUGUGGCCAAAUCUGCUCUGGAAUCGCUGCUGCUCUGUAAAUAUAUUUAUUUAAGUAAAGUUCUCCUGAAUUCA